AUGUUUUAACAAUUCCUUGAUGGAUUGGGAGAUCUGAAGCAGAAACCUGUUGCCUUGAAGCAAGUGAAAAAGAUUUUAAAGAUUGAAGAAAAAAGUUUACCUAAAAACAUUACAAAUUACUUUGUAGAAUUUACUAAACAUACUUCACAUAAGUGGUAACGAAAGGACAAAAUGAUUUUUAUUUGGACCACUCUAAAAUAUUUAGAGAAAUAGGGUCGAACAGACUUAAAACCUGUAUGAAUUUAUGUUUAAAUUGAUUAGAACGAUGACGAUUGGAUUGCACUAUCAGAAAUACUUGGAGCACCUCCAGAAUUGUUAAAUUCGAAAUGGAUAGGAAUGUUAAAGACAGAUUUGAAAUAAUCUCCAUGGACUAUUGAAGAGGAUGAAAUCUUAAAAAAAGUGAUGACGCAAAAAUUUAUUUCUUGGACUCACGUUGCUAUAGAGUAUAACCGUAUAAGUUCCAUUAUGAGGCAUGCAAAGUAAUUGAGGGAAAGAUGGAAUAAUUACAUAGACCCAGAACUUAACAAGUGUCCAUGGACUGAAUCAGAAUAAGUUCAAUUGUUGCAAUUAGUUUAAAAGUAAGGAAAAAAGUGGUCUGUGAUUUCUAAAUAAAUUAAAGGAAGAACUGAAAAUCAAGUGAAAAAUGCUUACAAUUCUUUGAUUAAUGCCUACAGAAGAAAUCAUGUAGUCUAUUUUUCAUAUAACAAUAUUAGAUAUAAUCCCUUGAUUCUGAUGAAAUAAUUGUUUCUAAAUUAUUAUCUAAAUUAGAUCCGCCAAUUUAAUAACCCAAUACAAAUACCCCUAUGAUUUAAGUUAUGCCUACUCUUCAAUAAUAAUUUAUAAUGUAAGCUCUGUUCAUUGAGAGAUUAAAAAGCAUGGCCUUUUUCGCUCAAUUACCAGGUUUUCUGGCAACCCAAUAAUAACAAAGUUGA